UUAUUCAACUUCUCUCAUAAGAAAAUUAGGGUUACAUUAUGAAGACUCGUAAUCCAUUCAUUCGUGUAUGCAUGGAGUGCUUCUAUAAGCAUGUAUGAGUUCUAGGAUUUGAGUAAGAUCUAUAUUUAAUGCAAAGGAGAGGUUGGAAGGAGGAGUGGGAGAGCAAAUUGAGAUGGGGCAUCACUGCUGCAGCAGGCAGAAGGUGAAGAGAGGUUUGUGGUCUCCUGAGGAAGAUGAGAAGCUUGUUAGAUAUAUCACUACACAUGGCCAUGGAUGCUGGAGUGCAGUCCCCAAACAAGCUGGUUCUUUCUUUCUCUCUCUAGAUCUAUGUGUAUUUUUUUCUGGAUCUUUGUUCUUAUUCUUGCUUGGAAUAUUAGGGUUGCAAAGGUGUGGGAAGAGCUGCAGGUUGAGAUGGAUAAACUAUCUCAGACCAGAUCUCAAGAGGGGGUCCUUCACAGAACAUGAGGAGAGAGUUAUAAUAGAUGUUCAUAGAAUUCUUGGGAACAGGUGGGCACAAAUAGCAAAGCAUUUACCAGGAAGAACUGAUAAUGAGGUGAAAAACUUUUGGAACUCAUGCAUCAAAAAGAAACUCAUUGCUCAGGGCUUAGAUCCAAAGACUCAUAACCUAAUCCCUAACACAAGGCCUCCCUAUAUCAACAACACAUCAAACAUUUCUCACUUCCCACAAAACACAUGCACGCCCUUCACCAUUAGCUCCAACAUAAAGGAAAUGGAUUCAAGGAAGAUGAUGGCCCCACUACAAACCUCUUCAAAUCCCCUUCCAUUGCAUGACUCCAUGCCCACCUCCACCUUCCAAUACCAAGACCCUAAUCUCAUGAUGAGCUUCAAGGAACAUAUUUCUCAUGAAUACAACAUUAGCACAUCUUCCUCCUCCCUUGAUCAUGCAAACAUCAUGCAAAUAUCUCCUAAUGAGCCAGACUUCAUGGACGAUCAUUGCUGCAUUUGGGCCAGCAGUAAUCCUCUUGAGGAGGCAAUAUUGGCUGAUGAAGGGAAGCAAAAUGGUGAAAGACAAGGGCAGCAAGGAGAAGUGUUGCAGUGCAUGGGGGAUAAGGGGGAUCAGUUUAAUGAGGCAUUAAUUAAUGGGGAUCCAAGCUUCGAUCUUGAGCUCAUGGAAUCUGAAUUGAUGCCUUGUGGUUCAGUGUUUUGUGGUGAUAACUCCAUAGAGCAACUGCAAUGGGAAUGCUAGUUUGCUCCGUUUUAUAUGUUAUAUGCUCAUCUCCAUCAUGCAAAAUUCAUUUUCUUCAGAAAAUUUGCUUAAAUUAUUAUUAGGUUUAAUGAGGGAAGAUUGAACUGGUAAUGGCAGUUCAGAUUGAAUAAAGUUUCAUGUCGGAGAUAUUGUCUAGGUUUCUGCUACAAGGUGGACCUAUGAUACAUAUAAUCUUAUGUUGCAUGCAUAUAUAAUUUCUAAGGAAGACA